UUCACAGAACAACCUGACAGACGGGGAAGAAGAUCUGCCUGAAGACACUUUCUCGCUGUUGUCGGUGCUUCUAGUUGCCCAGUCUGUUCGACCGAUUCUUUCAGGACUUCUCUUCCUGAUCUUGAUAUUUUUAUCCGUCGCGGGCAACAUUUUAGUCUGCGUGGCAAUUUACACGGACCGCGGUUUACGGAGGAUAGGAAAUUUAUUCCUGGCCUCCCUCGCUAUAGCCGACCUGUUCGUCGGUUGUCUGGUUAUGACAUUCGCCGGGGUGAACGAUCUUCUUGGCUAUUGGGUGUUUGGACCGCGAUUCUGCGACACCUGGAUCGCUUUUGACGUUAUGUGCAGCACUGCCUCUAUUCUGAAUCUUUGCGCAAUCUCUCUCGAUCGUUACAUUCACAUAAAGGACCCGCUCAGAUACGGCCGUUGGGUGACAAGGAGAGUCGCGGUUGCUGGAAUCGCUAUCGUAUGGUUGCUCGCAGGACUCAUAUCCUUCGUGCCGAUCAGCCUAGGCCUUCACCGAGCGGACGAGCCCCUAAUUUACGACGAUGGUGAAGAAGAACAUCCUAUGUGCGCCUUAGACCUCACACUCACCUACGCGAUAGUCUCCUCUUCUAUAUCUUUUUACGUGCCCUGCAUCGUAAUGCUGGGGAUUUAUUGCAGGCUCUAUUGCUACGCGCAGAAACACGUAAAAAGCAUCCGCGCAGUAACGAAGCUGCCGGACACCUCAAUGGCCAAGAGUUUUCGUGCGAAAAGCACACGCAACAAACCACCAAAGCCACAAACAAAAACGAAGCCGACAAGCCCUUAUCACGUGUCCGAUCACAAAGCCGCUAUAACAGUGGGUGUAAUUAUGGGCGUUUUCUUAAUAUGCUGGGUACCCUUUUUCUGCGUAAAUAUCGUCGCUUCAUAUUGCAAGACCUGCAUAUCAGUCCGAGCGUUCCAAGUACUCACUUGGCUCGGCUACAGCAACUCGGCCUUCAAUCCGAUCAUCUACAGCAUCUUCAACACAGAAUUCCGAGAGGCGUUCAAGAGAAUUCUCACAAAAGGUGCGAGAGCCCGAGGGAACCAACCGUCGACUAGCGAAUGCGGAGAAUUUCGAUCCGUGGUUGUACAGAAACGGAACGGGUCUAUGGUCGAAUGUAACAUUAGCCCAAGAUCAAGCGCGGACAGUUGUCAAGUCGGAAUAAUGGCGCAGAGGCAUCGCGAUACUAUCGUUAGUGCGAUAUAAUCAAACUCGAAUCUCCCCCCUCAGAUUUAUCGAUCUUCCUAUCGAACGAAAAUCGCGCUUCUGCGCGUCAAAGGUGCGCAUUUCACCUUCUCGGACAUUUCGCCGGUUUAACUGCAAUUCGCGAUUUUCCAUCGCGGUCAUUGAUCCUGUACGAGUGAUUUUACUAACACGUAACACACGUAAAUGAAACCAUGACAGAAAUGAUACGUUCUUCCUGUCGUCAGUCUUGCGCGUGGUAUUCUACGUUCUUGGUACGAAUUGUUUCGAUUGAAUCGAAGAGCGUUACACAAACAUAUCCAUGUAUAAUUUUUCAGGUUCCCAUACACGGUCAUACGAAUGGAACAAAAUUUACGAACAUUUAGAACAAAAUUUACGAACAUUUAGAACAAAAUUUACGAACAUUCACAAACACUUAGAACCGUUAACUCGCCGUUCCAUCGUUCAGGAAACCGUUACAAAAAUCUCCAAAUACUUUUCGAGAUAUCGAAUUCAUUAUCGAACUUCUCCUCGAGACAAGUAUUCGAUAUAUUUUUCGUAUCGUCCAAUAAGCGACCCGAGUUGAACCACCGUAAUUUUACAUGUAAAAUAUAUUUCAAAAUAAUAUAGGUUUUAUCGCAGUGAGCAACAGUCAUCACUGUUAACAGUACUACGUUUCCCUUUCUUUUCUUUCCCCUCUCACCCCGAAUGACAAAAAUUGCAUAUAAAUUUUCUUGCUGGAAUAUUUUUUUAUUCACGAACAGUGAAAGGGGAAGAGAACUUAUCGAUAUAUAAAUGGACGAUUAAGAAGGAAUAUUUACGUAAAGACAAUCACCAAAAGGUAGUUCAAAACAUAUCCGUGAGACAUAAUCUGCUCUUACAAUAAAAGGAAUGAACACGAAUUAUUUAAAAAAAAAAAAAAAUCGAACAGGAGGAUAUUCAAUUUCAAAAGUAAGAGAAAAAGGGCAAGAAAAA